UCCAAGUCGAGAAGAAACAUUAUUUAGUUCGACUCCUGGGAAAGACCGGUGGAUCACAACAACGAUCUUCGGUCGACCCAUCAAUGGCGGCAAGACUCGUUCUUUUCAUUGGCAGUGUUACCUUACUCCUGCUUCCGUUUCGCUCCGUGUCCGAUCCCGACAACCAGUUCUGUCCUGCUGCGCCUGAGCAUGGUGAAUCAGCAUGCGGUUCUACAUCGCAGAAAGGAGUCUAUAAAGUUCGUGGACAUCCUUUCUCCACAAACACCAGGCGUGUUCUUGCCGUUCUACAUGAGAAAGGUCUCACCUUUGAGUCGGUUCAUGUGGAGUUGAAAGAUGGUGAACAUAAGAAGGAACCAUUCCUCUCUCUCAAUCCGUUUGGGCAAGUCCCGGCUUUUGAAGAUGGAGACCUGAAGCUAUUCGAAUCAAGGGCAAUCACACAAUACAUAGCCCAAAAGCACAUGGAGGAAGGUACCCAGUUGCUUUCUCAUGAAGACAAGGAGAUAGCAAUCAUAAGGCUUUGGAUGGAAGUGGAAGCUCACCAGUUCGACCCCCUGGCUUCAAAGCUUACGUGGGAGCAAAUGAUCAAGCCAAUGUACGGUAUUCCAACUGACCCAGAAGCCGUGAAGGAGAGCGAGUCAAAGCUGGCAAAGGUUCUGGAUGUUUACGAGUCUCGGUUGGCUCAGUCCAAGUACUUGGGUUCAGACAGCUUCACCAUGGCUGAUCUCCACCACCUCCCAAACAUCGAGUACCUGUCAGGAACACCGACCAAGAAACUGUUUGAGGAGCGUCCGCAUGUCAGCUCGUGGGUGGCCGAGAUCACGGGAAGGCCGGCUUGGAAGAAGGCUCAGAAGUUCUGAACACCCACAUAUAUCAGUUAAACAAACUUCUGAAAUUCAGAAAUUUAUUGUCUCUCUUAUGUUGUCCUUCUGGUACUUGCACUUGAGCAUUUUAUUAUCCUUGGAAUCAUAGAGUCAAUAUAUGAAGUCAUGGUUGUUUUGGAGGA